UUGUGCCACAGCUGGGGCCUGGGUCUUGCUAUUUUCUGAGCUAAUGUGCUACUCACCUGAUCGUGUUAAGUGUCCUUGUCAUAAUGUGUCCCUGAAGACAAUGCUAAUCUCCUCACAUGUGGCCAGGCCUUUGACUUAAGACAUGUGUAUCGCAGUGUGGGUGUGCCAGUAUGUGGUGUUGAAGAGACACUCCUUUGAGCCAUAAAUAUGGACGUGCACACACAAACAUUAGCGGUUGUGGCUAAGUAUAGUGAUUGCUUUAACAGCCUUUCAGCAACUUGCCAGCACUGGUAUUAUCUGUUGGUCGCAUGUUGGCAUGUACGAGUCAAAAGCAAAAAGGUCUUGGAGUGCCAGCUAUGUGGAGCCAGAUUCAGAAGGCAUCUUUUUGAAACAGAUAGGCCCUUCUCCCCGCCCCUACACCUCUUUGCUCUCUCCCUCUCUCUCCUGCUCCCUAAGAGGAGUAAGUGAUCCGUGAAGCCAUAGCAGUGAGUGAGGGGACCCUGGUGCCGAUCACAUACAGCCCAGCCGGCCAAGUCUUCAGAAGCACUCGGCAACAACUCAGUUGCAGUAUCCCUGCAAAGGCUCUGGGCGCUGCAAGACAUACUUGCUCCAAGACCUCCUCACCCUCAGUGCACCAGUACUUUGCAACCGGUGGGUCUAGCGACACGCAAACAUGCCGAGCGUCUUGGACUUCAGCGGGACGCCCCAGCAGUCCCAUGAAGAAUGGGUCAAGGCAAUGAGCGAAUCACGCCGCUCCAGCAUGUCCUUCCACUUCCACAACACACUGCGCAAGGAGUUCUUUUCCAGCUACCAGUACCUGAAGGAUCAGCUGCCUCUGGUGAAGCUGUACGCAGUGACCUGUGAGUAUAUCAAAGGAGAGAAGCAGUUCUACUACAGAGCCCAGAAGUUCUAUGAGGAUGUUCCCGCGUCGGAGGAGGGCAUGAUGGGAGAUUUCGUGGAGCUGUCCGAGGUGGACCUGGAAGGCUCGCGGCAGUUCCUGAAGAAGUUUGUCGGGGGUCCCGGUAAGGCGGGUACCAAACGUGCCCUGGACUGCGGCUGUGGCAUUGGCCGCGUGUCCAAGGGAGUUCUCUUCCCCAUCUUCGAGACCAUGGAGAUGGCAGACAUGAUGGAGGAAUACCUGCUGCACGCACACGAGGAGUACCUGGGCGACUACGCUGACAGGGUGGAGUCGUAUUACUGCUACAACCUCAAGGACCUCAGACUUUCGCUCAGAAGAUACGACGUCGUCUGGAUACAAUGGGUCGCCUGUCACCUGACUGACAAGGACCUGAUGGACUUUCUGGUGCGCUGCAAAGCCAGCCUGCGGCCCAAUGGCGUGAUCGUCAUCAAGGACAACAUGGCACGCCAGGGCUGCAAGCUGGACCCGGUGGACAGCAGCAUCAUCCGCCACCUGGACAUCAUGAAGGGCAUCAUCCAGAAGGCCGGCCUGGAGGUCCUGGACGUGGUGAAGCAGGAGGGCUUCCCUGAGGUCAUGGUGCCGAUAUGGAUGAUCGCCAUGCGGUGACACCGCCCAGGAGGGACCAUCUUGACCAGAGACAUUUUUCAUUCUUUUUUUUUAUUAUUAUUAUUAUUCCACAGAGAUGUAUGUAUAUCUGUAAACCGGUCCAUGUUUGGUUGGUGUGGGGUAUGAGUAGGGGGUAGAUAUCAAAAAGAGUUAUUGUGCACAUCCCACCUUCUGGCAGGUGCAGGACAAAAAAAACUUACUCCAGUGAAAAAAUAUAUAUGUAG